AUGGAUGAGAAAAGAGUGAGGGCUGUCCUACGCGGGUCGAUGCUAGAUCUUCCCUACCGCAGCUCAAGGGUCGUGAGAAUCUUCAUCAGUUCAACUUUCACAGAUACCAGAGAGGAAAGAAAUUUGUUGAUGGAAGAAGUUCACCCCAAACUAACAUCCUACUGCAGGAAGAAGUAUGGACUCGAAUACCAGGUUGUAGACAUGCGCUGGGGAGUUCCAGAGGAUGCAGCUGAUGAUCAUUUGGCCACCUCUCUGUGCCUUCAGGAAAUACAGAACUGUCAGAGGCUGUCCACUGGUCCCAAUUUUGUGACAUUUCUGAACCAGAAACACGGAUUUCAUCACCUGCAAUCAUCUAUACCCAGUAAGGAGUUUGAUGACCUUGUCCAGGCUCUACAAGCACUAGGACAGGAUCACAGUCUGCUGGAUGUUUGGUACAAACAGGACACCAAUUGUAUACCACCCGUACACUUACUGCAGCCAAUCAGCUCUAUCAUAACAGAAUAUAAAAACAAGACAGGUGAUGCUAUAAAUGAAUGGAAAACUGUACAGAUGAACUUGAGGCAUUUACUUAAAACAGCCAGUCAGCAUUGCUUUGACAAUGGGAAAAUAAGUGUCGAAGAAAAACACAAAUACUUCAUGUCAGUGACUGAAGAAGAGGUACUGCAGGGGAUACUUAAGGCUGCUGCAAAGCCAAGUAACCACUGUUUGUGUUUCAUACGAAUCAUUGACGACAUAAAAUCUCAUCUGAAUCACAAUAAAGCUUGGCGCUUCAUUGAUAUGGUGAACCAGGAGAAAAUAGACGAAGAAGCCCAGGAAAUCCUCUCCAACCUGAGGGAUGAAAAAGUUUUAAGCAAAAUGGAAAAAUCCAACAUUUCAAAGAAAACUGUCAACUGGAGUGAGAAAGACGGCAUAAACAAAGAGGAACACAGUGAUUACCUGCGUGAAUUUGGAAACAUAUUCUACACUGGGGUCAAGCAACUUAUAGACAAAGCUGUGCAAGAGGAACUCAAACUUGCCCAUGAUGAUUUGUACAUAGAGGUACUCCAGCAUCUGACCAUGGCUAAAGAAAGAUGUUCCAUGUUCCAUGGCCGAGAGGACAUUCUAGAGAAAGUGGCCACCUACCUUUGUGGGGACUCUGAUGAACCAUUAACAGUCUAUGGACCCUCGGGCAGUGGCAAAACUUCAAUUAUGGCCGAGGUGGCUCGACAGGUCCCGUUUACAUACAAGAAAGAAGCGAUUGUGGUCCUUCGUUUCCUGGGUACUUCUCCAGCUAGCAGCAAUCUCUGGCGCCUCUUGAAGAGUCUUGUUACCCAAAUUUUGUCCAACAUCAAUGGUGAUCUGAAGAGUAUACCUUCAGAAUUCAACAAACUCCUUGCAUUCUUUCAAUCCCUAAUUGAGAAGUAUGAAGAUCACUCUUCAAAACCACUGGUCAUUCUGUUAGACUCAUUAGAUCAGUUGAGUUCAGAUUUUGGGGCUCACACUCAGAUGGUUACCCAAAAAGCUUGGGAAGAAUGUAAGGAUUGUGACAUCAACAUAUACAGAGAGGCCUUCAAAAAAUGUAGUCUACCUCUGUAUGUGAAGUUAGUUUUUGAAGAUGUUCUGACAUGGAAAUCCUACACAACUGUUUCUAUGGAUACACUUUCUUACACUGUACCGGAGAUCAUCAACUCCCUACUGCUGCGACUGGAAACCAAACACGGGAAAGUGUUUGUGAGUCGAACCUUGGCCUACAUCACUGCUUCUCAGUCGGGUAUCAGUGAGGCGGAACUGGAAGACGUUCUUUCCCUAGAUGACACAUUGCUGACAGAUGUAUUUCAGUACCAUGUUCCACCAUUCAGAAGGAUCCCGUCCGUUCUUUGGGUAAGAGUACGACAUGACAUCACCAGUUAUCUAGUAGACAAAGAAGCUGAUGAUAGCCGUGUGUUCUUCUGGUAUCAUCGCCAAUUCUACGAAGCUGCUGAAAAACGGUAUCUGUCAGAUUCAAAGUUUAGCAUGGAAAUUCACUCCCUACUGGCAGACUACUAUCUCGGAACUUGGCACAAUAAGCCCAAACCUUUCAAUUACAGUGAAUCCCAAUGUAAGAAGUUGGGCCUCACCUCACCAAACAGCGAAGCAGAUAGAAAAGUUGCAGAUCAACCAAUCAGUUUCCUUUUUAAAGAGGAUGAAAUAGAGAAGAAGAGAUUCAAUCUUCGGAAACUCAACAAAUUACCAUUUCACCUCAUCAAUGCUGACAGAAACUCUGAAUUGCGGAGUGUGUGUUUAUUCAAUUAUGAUUGGUUACUAGCAAAACUUACAGCCACAUCUGUACAGCAGCUCUUAAGUGAUUUCCUUUUGUCAAGGCAGAAUAAGGAUGGAGCCCUUCAGCGAGUUCUGAAGACAGCACAGUCAACACUUGCGAAAUAUCCUAAUACCCUUGCUAUGGAAAUUUCUGGCCAUCUUUUACCGCUGUUGUCUGAUGUUAAAAACAGUGUGGAGAAAUUCUUGGUCGAAGAAUGUUUGAACAGAAUUCGGUCAGACAAGACAACUUUGCCAUACCAAACCUGUUAUAACACUCCAAAAGAAGCCCUCCUCUUUAAGUUUGAACAUCAGGGUAUCCCAUUUGGUUCAUCUCUUGUGGCGAUGUCCAACGACUCGUCUCAUCUCAUUGCUUUAGCUGAACAGAAUGUGUUGGUAAUGUGGGACCUUACAACUGGAGAAAUAGAACAACAAGUCAAGCUGCUGGAUCCAGACAUUGUCAAGCUUAACAUUAUGACAACCUCUUCCGAACAGAAUCUGGCCAUGUUUUACUCAAGCUAUCAGAAGCAGGGAAACCAUAUAGUUGUGGUGAACAUGUCUACGGGAAAUGUAGUUAACACUAUGGAGAUGGAAAAGGCCUACCCUGGUGUUGGUUUUACAGACAGCCUGGAGUUUGUCGUGACGAAAACAAAGAUAGUCUGCAUGUACAGGGGUCAUUCAGCAGAUCUGUUUGAUCGGCAAACAGGAAAACAUGUAUCACAGUUUGGUGUGGUAGCAGAUGACAUUGUUCUUCUUCCUGAUCAGAAUGGUGUCCUGUUUCAUGAGAAGCAGACUCAAAGGUUAAGAUUAUUUAAUAUCGACACGGGAGAAGAUGUAGCUGCAACAGAUAUUCAACAGGAACCAAGGAAAGUUAUAGCAGAUCCCUCAGGUACAGAGGCAGUUGUCGUCUUCAAAGAUUCUUCUACUUUCCAAGUUAUUUGUCUGGAGACAAAUGAUAAGAAAUUUGGAAAUGUUCUUUCUGAAAGAAGAAUAACUAAAAGGAAACCGACAUCUAACGUUAUCACUGAUGCGAAGUUCUCGUUGGACGGAGAAAACCUUAUAUUGACAACAAGUCAUGGAUUUGUUAUUCAACAUUACAAGUCUGGUCGAGAGAAACAUGUAUUUGCAAUUCCCAAUGACGUUAUACCCGAUCACAAAGUUCUUGCUUUUGACGGACACAUGACACCGGACAGAAAAUAUUUUGUUUCUGCAUACGAAGGUUAUCUUAUUGUUUGGGAUACGGAAACGUGUAGGGUUCUGCAGAGCAUGGAAAUCAGUCGCUCUAAAACAGUGGCGGCUGUUAUGUCUGAAAACGGAGACUUUCUAGUCACAACACACAAACGGAAUAAUGUUGUGACAGUAUGGCAAAUCUCCUCACUUGUGUCGAAACAAGCGUCUUUUGAACCUCUAACAAUCAAAACUGCACCGCGUUAUCUGGACGCCUCGGAGAAUGGGGAAGUUGGUGUAAUCCGAGGGAACAUGUCGAAUGAGGUGGCCAUCUUGGACAUUCUUGGUGGUUGUAUCAGGUUCUACAUUUCUAAAGAUUAUGAGGUGAUGCAACCUGUGAUAACCCCAGAUGGACGUAAUGUCGUUCUCAGAGAAUACAGUUCUGACAGAGUCCUGAAGGUGUGGAGCAGCGCUACUGGUCAUUUACAGAGUUCUGUUCCCUUGUCAAGUCUCCUGGUAAAGUAUUAUGUACUAGCUAACAACAAAAUGGCUGUUUAUGUCAACAAUUCAGGUAUAGCUCAGGUCAGCUUUUGGAGCAUCCCAGAAUCAAAUCAUAUACGCACACAGGAGUUAGGGGCAGCGUUAGUCGGUGACAUGUUCAUGUUCUUCGAUUCUACCAGUGACAACAUCGUCAUAUCAGAAUCUACCUCUUUGGGUGAUGUUGAUUUGUCAAAUCUUGUUGUUUACGAUAUUGAAACAGGCGAAAAGAGACUAACCUUCCCACGAGUUGUUUCAAGUUGCACUCAGUCCCUCGUGAAGGAAAAAGAUUUGGUGUUACUGCAGCAGCAUGAUGAAGGCUCUGACACAAAGUCGUUGAUCAUUUUGGACAUACGGUCAGGCGAAGUCAAGAGAAAAGGGAGUAUUUGUUCCCCCACCAGACUUUUUAUGUGUAAGGAUGGUCGCUAUGGUAUUGACAGGACAAGGAAUUUAUACAACCUUGAAAAAAUGACUUUUGAAUUUCAAUAUGAUCCUGAUGGAGAUUAUCCAAAAAAGCCGAGUAAUCAAGCUAGUCCGAAGUUAAGCAAUGAUGGACAUGUAGCUGUAUGGCUGAACGUCUACGCAUCCUUAUUGUUGGUCGGUGAUAUCAAGACAGGGAAUACAAUCAACAUCUGUCCGAUCCACAGUAUCCCACUUUCCCUUACCGUUACCGUGAACGAUCUCCUCCUUAUCGGAUGUGAGGACGGACGGCUCAUGUUAUUGCAGCUGGUCAGCAACACCAAUGAUGAAAGCAACUUCAUCUCGGAGUUUUUGUCCCGACACAAAAAUCACAGCCAGAGAACUAAGGUGGUGAAAUACAAGGGAAUGAAUAAGCCUCAAGGACAGAAAGCAUCUAAGUCAUGUUCUCUUUUGUGA